AGUGUAAACAGCAUUAUAAUUAUACAGUAAUAGGCAGCGGUUGAAGACAGAUACAUAUCAGAAAAGUUUCGAAGAUGAUAUUGGAAGUAGUGGUUUCCGUAGUGAUAGUUUUAACAACACUAAUUAUUUUAAAUUUAAAAUGGUCGUUUAGAUUUUGGAAAAACCGAAAUGUGUACACUCCGGAGCCGAUUGUUCCGUUCGGAAACGUAAAAUCCGUGAUUUUCGGAAAGGAGAACAUUGGAGCUGUUACGACCAAAAUUUAUAACAUUGUUAAAGCAAAAGGACUUCGUUAUGGAGGUUUUUAUUUCUUCAACAGGCCUAUGUUUGUACCUGUUGAUCGUACGUUGAUACGUCACAUUCUCAUAACCGAUUUUCAACAUUUCACUGAUCAUUCUGGACCCAUCGACGACAAAAGAGAACCUCUUGCUGCACAUUUGUUUUCAUUAACCGGUGCCAAAUGGAAAGCCCUCAGGACUAAAUUAACGCCCCUUUUCACCAGUGGAAAAUUAAAAAUGAUGUUUCAAACUUUGGUCGAUUGUACGAAUGACUUCCCUUGCGCUUUGGACAGUGCCAUAAAACGUAAGGAACCGUUCGAUAUUAAAGAUACCUUCGCAAGAUACACAACGGAUGUCAUAGGAUCGGUCGCGUUUGGGAUAGACUGUAACUGUCUGAAGAAUCCAAACACAGAAUUCAGAGUUUAUGGCAGGAAGGUUUUUGAAGUCGGAUGGACUGAAAGUGUGAUUAAUGCUAUUAAUCUCAUCUGUCCCGAGUUAAUGGCAAUAUUUAGAUUAAAAGUGACAAAGGUCGACGUCGAAAAUUUCUUUAUGAACAUGGUAAAAGAAACGGUUGACCACAGAGAUAAAAAUCAUUACGAAAGAAACGAUUUCAUACAACUCCUGAUGAACUUGAGAAACAAGGAAAUCAAAGUUGAAUCGUCCCUCGAUGAAAAUGGUACCGAGAAUCAUAUCGCUUAUUAUCAAAACGGAUUAACAAUUGAGGAAAUUGCGGCCCAAUCGUUUGUAUUUUUCCUGGCCGGCUUUGAAACAUCAUCCACCACAUUAAAUUUUUUGAUGUACGAAAUUGUCUUACAUUUGGAAAUUCAGGAAAAGCUGAGGGAGGAAGUUGUUACUGUUUUGAAAGCACAUGAUGGUAAAAUAACGUACGAAGCCAUACAGGAAAUGACCUACAUGGACAAAUGUAUUAAUGAAACGUUGAGAAAGUAUCCACCACUUCCGGUAACUCCAAGGAGAUGUACAAAAGAUUACAAAGUACCAGAUUCUGAUUUAGUAAUUGAAAAGGGAAGAUCAGUUCUGAUCCCCAUUUACGGGAUUCAACACGACCCCGAAUACUAUCCUGAUCCCGAAAAGUUCGACCCCGAAAGAUUUUCCGAAGAAAACAAAAAUAAACGGCCGCCAGUCACAUUCAUCCCAUUCGGGGAAGGUCCCAGAAUAUGCAUUGGUUUGAGGAUGGGUUUAUUACAAGCCAAAGUGGGAUUAACGGCUCUUCUCAGGGAUUACAAAUUUACUUUAAAUAACAAGACCAAAGUACCACUGCAAUUUGCUGGUAGACAAUUUAUUAGCACAGCAGACGGUGGUGUUUGGAUAGAGGCAGAAAAGGUACAAUAAACUCAAUUUGUUUUUGUGUUUCAUUGUGUAUUUAUGUGUAUCUAUUAUGUUUUUUAUGUAUGUAGAGAUGUAAGGAUUUAAUUUUUUGUAAAUUUAUUACGUGGAUAUAAUAAACGUAUAUUUGAACCACU